CUCAAUCAAAACGAGGAAGAAAUAGGAGAUCGAUAAAAAUUAUUCCCGUAAAGGGCCUCCGCCUGAGGUUUCUUCUUCCCAUUAAAUGCCUUUAUUUCCCCUUCAUGCCAAAAGGGUUUUUAUGGUCAGGCUGCCACGAUGCCAUCAAGUGGAGAAAAGAAGAACUGGCGUCUGAGGGCAAAUGGAACCAAUUAUAAAAUAACAAAAAUGCCAGCUUGCGUUUCUGAGUCGCUCAAUCAAUUUCCAUGCUCAUACAGAGCAUGCAUGCUAUUUAUUAAUGCGGAGAAAAAGAUAAUCUGCAAUAUAUUUCUUCAUUAAAUGACAUUCCUGGCAUGUUAUUGGAACUCAGGCACAAAAUCAAAUCAGUUUUCUUAUUAAAGCAAUUAGGGUAAAACGGUGGCCUCAAUUAUUAAUUAUAAUAAGCCCUAUAUUAUUAAACGAUAUUGGUGGCAGGUAAAUUGUAACGCUCAUGUUCUCUGGAAACACGCGUGUUGUUAAUUUGAAGCGCAAAAAUGAAUAUUCCGUAAACAGAAGACGCAUCGGCCAUAGCCUGCGGGCGAAAUGCCCCAGUUGUCGCAGCGGCCACCGAGCGGCGCUUGACACCUUCUGCGGCCCCGCGGUGACCGGCGCUCCGGCCGCGACGCGACUGCUGCCGAGCCGCUGCUGCGCUCCCGAGACCGUGCUUCGGGCCCCGAUAGCCGCGGGAAACCCGGGAGAUCCCAGGCGGAGCUGCUCGUGUACAGGUUUUGAUGAAAAACCGCCGUUAUUCUGACUAGCUCUGGUAACGCUCAGAUAGAAUGACUGAAGCAAUUGAUACCCAGCGUGCCUUGCAGGCCGUGGAACGCCUACAGGCCAAGUUGAAGGCCAGGGGGCAUGGUCCCACGGAGGAGAAGCUCAGCCUACUUAGGGCUCUUCUCCUGAGCCCUCUGUUCCACCAGAUUCUCACCCUACAAUCUACAUCUGCCCAUGAAGAGGCCCAGAGCCAGAAGGUCGCUUUAGCCAUAUCAAGCGGCUGUCCAGAGUUGAAACCCGAAACCAGCGACUCUCAGGUGUUCUCUGCCGGGAGCGAUUCGGGUCCCCAGGACGGCUGUCCCGCAGCUGCUGGGGACGCGUCAGUACCCCCCUCACCCACGCAGAGCGGCAGCGGCCCCUCCGGGGCCCCUCCCAAGCCCCUCUUUCUCCGCAUGACUCAGGGCCGCUACGUGACGGGCGUUGAGCUGGCGAGGAGUCCGUCUGAGGGGCCGGGUUUUGCCGUGGUCAGUCUGAGGAGCCAGGACACGGGGGAUCCGGGUGUCCUUCUGCAGGAUGUUCAGCUGGGCAGUGCUGAGAGCAGGAAGCUGAGGGAAGGGGACAUCCUAGCUACCAACGAGCAUCUGAUGGACCAGCCAGUAACACAGGAAAAGGCUGUGGAGCUCCUGCAGGAUCACACGGACGACGUCCUUCUCAAGGUCACCCGAGGUCCCGUCCCAUACCUGGGCAGCCUAGCGGUGUUGCGCAAGGGGUCAGGACACCGUGGCGUGGAGGGAGCCCUGGAGAAGAGUGCCUCAGAACAGGCAGAGACGACAGAGCCAAUGAAUGUCAAAGUCAUCCUUCCCGGAGGAGCAGGUGAUCAGGUUCACGACAGCGAGCAGCUGGACACCUUUGAUGCGGAGCUCAUUAAAAAUGCUGAAGGAUUAGGAAUCACAGUCGCUGGUUAUGUCACAGAGGAGAGCACUGGAUCCCUUGGCACCUUUGUGAAGAGUGUAACAAAAGACAGUAAGAUCGAGCAAGAUGGCCAGAUCCACGUUGGCGACCAAAUCAUAGCGGUGGAUGGGACAAACAUCCAGGGCUACAGUAACCAGCAGGUCACCGAGCUCCUAAGGGCUACGAGCCAGACCGUGGUCUUGAAGCUCUUAAAGCAGUCCCUCAGACUAGAGGAUGGUCCAGCAGCCCCUCCAGCCCUAGAACCCGGACCAUCGACCAGGGUGGCAAACGGCAACCAGCCCAGCGUGCAUGAUGUGGACCUGGGCGGAGCACUGGACGAGAAACUGCGUCAAUCCCAAACUGCGGCUCCCAGCUCCAACCUUGCUGAAGACCAGGCAAAGCCAGAUGCACAAGGGGCUACGUUGACCAUGCCUGCAGAAGAUGGAAAUCUGGAAAGCGUCCUUGAACAGAAAGCUAUCCUGGGUAAGGAUGAGGCACAUUGUGGGAGUGGCAGGAAGAGCAUCAAUUUUCAGCCAGAAGGGCGGCGCCGUUGCAGAGCCUCAGCCAUGUCAGAGGGCCCCGUAGGGCUGACUGGAGAGCCGUGUGCUGAGGAGAAGCCUCUGGAGGUCACCGGGGUCCCCCUCUUUGGUGAAAGCACAGAAGAGGGGCGGGACAUCCUGAAGGGCCUGCCAGCAAGUGUGUCCAUGGUGACAAGUAGUCCUGCCAAAUCUGGGCUGAGUGACAGCAGUGCUGACCAAUGCCUUGCAGCGGAACCGUCCCCUGAUGAAGAACCUGACAAGCUUCAGGAAGGAUCCCAGAGAGACAAGGACACGGGCCCCGACAUGGAUGACAUCACAGGGGCCGAAGUUCCUGUGGAGACGCCGGACUCUACUCUGGUCAUGUGGGAAACUGAGAUACAGUAUAUCGACCUGGAGAGAGGGGACUCCGGCCUUGGUUUCAGCAUUUUAGAUUAUCAGGACCCCGCGGACCUGGCAAAGACAGUGAUAGUCAUCCGCUCACUGGUGCCCGACGGGGUGGCGGACCUCGACGGGCGCCUCUACCCGGGGGACCGGCUCGUCUCGGUGAACGGCGCCGACUUGGCAGACGCUGGCCUGGAGGAGGCGGUGUGGGCGCUGAAGGGGGCGCCCGCCGGGGCCGUGAGGCUUGGCAUCACUAAGCCGAGAUUUAUGGACUCAAAUGAAGCAGAUUUGAUGAAUGAGAAGACAUUUGAUCCUCAUUACUCAAAGGAAGAGGGCUCCUUCCAAGCCGCCACGCUGGCCGAGCCUGGCAGCACCUGGCGUGCCGGUCUGGACUGCCAGAUGCCCACGCGGACGUCUGUGCCUGAGGAAGAAGGGCGACACACGGAAAUGGCCGACAUGGAGGCGAGUGAGAAGCGAGACGUUUCCGCCACAAGCGAUUUUCAGAGGACUAUUACAGUUGUCAGGGGCAACUCUAGCCUUGGGAUGACCGUGAGUGCGCUUAAGGACGGCUCAGGGGUGGUAAUUCGCAGCAUCGUUCACGGAGGAUCCGUCAGCCAAGAUGGACGGUUGGGUGUAGGCGACUGCAUUGUAGCUAUCAACGAGGAGCGCACGCGUAGCCUGAGCAAUGCGGAGGGCCGCGCAUUGCUGAGGAAACACUCACUCAUCGGGCCGGAUAUCAGCUUAACCUACGUACCAGCGGAGUUCCUGGAGGCUUACAGAGCCGGGCUCGCCCAGGGAUGGGGGGGCGACGCCACGGACGACGCAUCUCCCGUCACGCGAGAGCAUGUCCUUGAGAUUUCAGAGCAGGAAGAAGGCGUGGGAGAGAACAGCCAUCAGUCAGACACAGCCCAGCUCGACUGGAACCAACCCAGGACGGUGAAGCUGCGCAGGGAGGCGGGCGAGUCCCUGGGCAUCAGCAUCUUAGGCGGCCGUGGGAUGGGCAGGCGUCUCAGUAAUGGCGGGGUCAUGCGGGGAAUCUUCAUCAAGCACGUCCUGGGGGACAGUCCUGCGGGCAGAAGUGGGACCCUGAAGGCCGGGGAUAUGAUCCUGGAGGUGGGAGGGAGGGAUCUGCGCGGCGCCAGUCACAAGGAGGCGGUGGAGGCCAUUCGCAAGGCCGGGGACCCCGUGGUGUUCCUGGUACAGAGCGUGGCCCAGGGGGCUCCGAAGCCGCCUUUGCCCUUUUUGCAGUCGAACCCGUGUCCAGGCCCUGACCCGCCCUCGUCUGGCCGUACCCCUGCUCCUCCAGAGCCACCCGCUGUAGAUGUCAGUGAAGACGAGGAAGUCGAUGGAUUAAACCCAAGCUAUAAUCGCACGGAGUCCAGCAUUCAGUGCAGGCUAUUCUCUCGCCUCUCCCCAGCUAAGACCUUCACUCCUGCCCCAUUUAAGCUGUCAGCACAAAGGGACGUGGUGAAGACUCCCUUGCCUGCUUACCCACUCCUGGAACUGCCCCAGAUGCCCCACGUUGGGGAGACAGACACAGACAUGGUGCAAGAUGUUCCAGAGAGACCACCGCUGCCGUUCAGCUCUCUGGAGAAAGAGGAAGAGAACGACUUUGGCUACAGCUGGGGGACGCUCGCUCGGCGGUACGGUGGCCUGUUGGGGGCGCUGCACAUGGUCGAGCUGGAGCUGGGCACCGCGGGCCUGGGGCUCACCCUGGCCCCCAGCAGGGGCUGCUCUACUACCGGAGUCUUCGUGGAAAGUGUUGACCCUCAUGGGGCUGCCGGCAAGGACGGCCACAUCCUGGCAGGGGACGAAUUGUUGGAGAUAAACGGCCAGAUUCUUUAUGGCUGCAGUCACAAGGACGCCUCCACCGCUAUCGAAAGUGCACCGUCAAGGGUCAACAUCAUUUUUAUAAGGAACAUGGACGCCUUUGACCAGAUGGCCGUGGAAGCUGUGAAGAAAUGCAGGGACGUGCUGGGCGAUGAACCAGAGGAACCUGGUGGCCUAGUGACUGAUGCUGGUGAGGAGGAUGAUGCGAGCGGGGUGCUUAAAGGAAGUCUGCCCGGGGAGGAACGAGUCACGGCAGGAAAUCUCCCGGGGAUGGUGGCCGGUCUGCUACAGCCGGGUGUCUCCGCGGCUGACCCAGACUUGCUGCCCUCAGCUGCUGAACCAGGAAGGAGAGUCUCCGAUGGGCUGAAAGCCCUCGUUUCCAUGGCUCCAGACCGAGGUUCCGGAAGGCCACUGGCCCUGACCUCUGACCUAAGGCCCCGCCCCAUCAUCCCCGGCUGUAAGGCCACCAUCGGCGUCCCUAGGGGGCACGCCGAUCUCAACCUCAGCAUUUCGGGAGGGUGUGACACCCCUUCGGGGGUUAUUGUCUCUCAGGAGCUCUCUGAAGAGGGGCGCCCCACCAAGGACGGGCAUCUCCGCCCCGGAGACCAGAUCCUGGAGGUGAAUAGCAUCGACCCAAGAGCUGUCACUCGCGACGAAGUUGUCAGCGUCGUGAGUUGGACCCCGCACUGUGACAAGGCCAGCUGUGGAGAGGAGGACCCGUGGGAUGUCUUUAUGUUAGACUUAGCGGGGGAGCCAGGCCAGGAACUGGGCCUCAGAGUUCUUGGGAAAAGGAACGAUCCAGGUGUAUUUAUCGCGGAAAUCCUGCAGGGCGGCACCACUGAGGCCGACGGCAGGCUGACGGAGGGGGACCGAAUCCUGUCUGUGAAUGGGGAAGACGUCCGGGCUGCAUCGCAGCAGUAUGUGACUGCCCUGCUAACGUGCUGUUCAAGACCGAUAAGUCUACAAUUGGCGCGUUUUAAAGUAAGGAACAUCCCCACUGUGGGGUCACAGUCACUCUGCAACCAGAACAGAGCGUCAGACACUGUUGGAUAUACCAUCCACAGACGAUCUGACUCCCAGGGAAAACUCUACAGCCGGUGGGAAAGUGAUGAUUGCAAGAGACUCUCCUGUUUCCAACCAAUUCUGAGGGGCUGUAAAGGCCGAACAGCAUCAGACGACUAUCUAGAGAUCCAGACCGUUUCAGUUUUCAAGGAAGGCACAGAGUCUCCGGGGGUUGGAACUGCAGGGGUAGCAGUGGGCCCUCUUGGGGACAUUCCCGCUUUUGUCACCGAGGUGCGUCCUGCUGUCCCAGGGGCAGAGUCACCAGCACUGAAAGUGGCCCCCGGGAGUUCUCCACCAGAGCCUGCAGUGGCCGGCCUCCCAGACAGUGGGGGCGCUCUCCAGAAUGACCUCCGCCCCCCCCAGCACAAAACUGUGAUGAAGGACCACGACUACGCUGGACUGACAUCGGAAUAUUCAGCAGUGUCCCCGUUAACGUGAAAUCAGGGUUCAGCGAGGGCGUCACCUACAAGGUUGAAGCGUGGAGAUCAGGCUGUAAAUCUUCGUGCAAAGGGAGCCUCUUGCUGUGGAUACUGCAGAGUAGUGUAUCCCAAACUGGUCCUCAGGCACCUACAGACAGUCCACGGUUUAACUCUCUCCCAGCUCCCAGCCAGACAGUCCAUGGACGGUCCGGGGGUCCCCAGGGACUGGAUUGGGAAACACUACAGGACAAGUGGAAUCAUCACCUAAACUGUACUCUCCUGAAGAGCAUUCACAGUAACAUCCUGCACGUAGCAUUCACAGUAACAACCUGCACGUAGCAUUCACAGUAACAUCCUGCACGUAGCAUUCACAGUAACACCCUGCACGUAGCAUUCACAGUAACAUCCUGCACGUAGCAUUCACAGUAACAUCCUGCACGUAGCAUUCACAGUAACAUCCUAUUAUAUGUUAUAGCCACUGUACAUACAAACCCCUUUAACUGAUUCUGAUCCUUUCACAUAUAUAUAUAUAUACACAGAAACACACACACAUUCAUCUUUGUAUAUAUUAUACAUUAUUUUUGGAUAUAAAUGGUGGAUGAUGUUUAUAAUCAUAUUUUAAGUGUGGUAAAAAUGUUGGGCAGAUUUUUUUCAUCUGAUUUCCCAUUUACUGUGUACAUUGAGUUUCCCAUAAGAGAAGAUAGUUAUACAUAUUUCCGUUUUGGAAAGUGAUUGACAGGUGGUGGACGGUUGAUGGAAAUUUUGAGCACAGAUCUCACAUAUUAUUGAAAAAAAUGUGCAUUUGUAUCAUUCUUUCCUUCAUAUUACUAGUAGGUUUCAGCUGAAAACAGCACGUUGAUGUUUGUUUCACUAUUUUAGGUGGAUAAAAGAGAGUGGCCUUCAGAAAAUAAUGGUUGUGCUUUUGCCCAAUUUUUAAUUAAUCUUGCGGCAUGUCUGUGCAGUGCAAAUUUUCUAAAAUCUUUUCACAGUGAGAGUUAGAUUUAUUAAUUUCCUUAAAACUAUUCUGAUUUAAAUUUAUUUACACGAAUAAGUAACUACACUAAUUGUGUACUUGGCUUACAGAUGUUCAGGUUGCUGACACAAUAAAUUCAAAUGUAAUUCUUAGAUGAGGAAAAUCCCAACUGUAAAUAAAUUAUUCCAAGGACUUA